CAGUCAGCCCAGGGCCUGCCUCGGAGCCGCUGCCGCCUGCUGGGGGCCCCACCCUGCACCUGGGGCCGACCUAUCCGCUAGCGUCUCCGCCUUCUUCGCCUCACAUCCUUGCAGCUUGUCCCACCCUACCCUGGCCCAGUACUCGGCAGCCCACGGGACAGCACUGUACUCCCAGCCCGGCUCUGGAGCAAGACCCGGAAGCUAUGGAGGUGCUGGUCCUGGCCGGAUACCGCGCGCAGAAAGAGGACGAGCUGAGUCUGGCGCCCGGGGACGUGGUCCGGCAGGUGUCUGAGGGGCCCUCACGGGGCUGGCUGCGCGGAGAGCUGGGGGGUCGUUGUGGUCUCUUUCCCGAGCGCUUGGUCCAGGCGAUCCCGGAGUGUCUGCGCGCCGCCGGGGAGGCGCCGAGCCCGCGCUAUGCACGCCACCGAGGUCGCCCUGCCAAAUCUCGGGGCCCCCAAAGAUGGUGCAAGGUGAACUUCAACUACAGCCCAGAGCAGGCAGACGAGCUGAAGCUGCAAGCUGGGGAGACUGUGGAAGUGAUAAAGGAGAUUGAGGACGGCUGGUGGCUGGGGAAGAAGAACGGGCAGCUGGGAGCCUUCCCAUCCAACUUUGUGGAGUUGCUGGACAGUGGGCCCCCAAGCCUCGGGAACCCAGACAUGCCUUCAGUCAGCCCUGGUACCCAGCGGCCUCCCAAGCUGAGCAGUCUGACCUAUGACAGCCCUCCAGACUACCUGCGGACAGUCUCCCGCCCUGAGAUCUACAGGGUCCUGUUCGAUUACCAGCCUGAGGCCCCAGAUGAGUUGGCGCUGCGGAGGGGGGACGAAGUGAAAGUACUGAGGAAGACCACAGAGGAUAAGGGCUGGUGGGAAGGAGAGUCUCAAGGCCGAAGAGGAGUUUUCCCUGACAACUUUGUGCUCCCCCCACCCCCAGUUAAAAAGCUGACCCCACGGAAAAUGGUGUCUCGGGAAUCAGCUCCUAUAAAGGAACCAAAAAAGGUGACGCCCAAAUCAGUCCUCCCUACAGUCAAGAAGCUGGUGACAGCCCCCCCUGGGCCCAGCAAAGCCAAGCCUUCUUGGACACCCAGCGGAGACAGUCAGAAGCGCCCCUCCCGAGACUUGGGCUCCGGUGGCAGCUUCCUCAGCCGGGGUCCAGGCCACCCUGGUAGAAAGGGACCAAAAACCCAGGCUUCCCGGCAGCGCUCUGCAACCAGUCAGGAGGAAGAGCAGAGCAGCCUAGCGAAGGCCUCUCCUGUGAAUAAAACUCCCACUCUGGACAAGACCCCCAGCCCAGAGAAGACUCUGUCUCCAGAUAAGGCCCCCACUCCAGAGGAAACCCUGACUCCAGAUAAGGUCCCCGUCUCAGAGGGGGCCCUGACUCUAGAGUUCAAGGCCCCAGCCCUAGGGAACCCCACCCCACAGGAGGGCCUGACUCUAGACAAGGCCCCCAGCCCAGACAGCCUCAUUUCUGUGGAUGCGGCCCCUGCCCCAGAAGUCCCACCAGAGGAUGAACUCCUUGGCCCAAAGAUGGUCCCUCCUGGGGAUGAGGUGCCCACCCUGGAAAAGGUCUUGACUCCUGAGCAGGUGCUCUCUAAAGAGGCCUGCACUAGAGACAACACUCAAUUCCAUCACUUCUUUCCGGAGCAAGCCCUGCUGAAGUUCACAUCUCCUGUGGCCAAUGAGUCUCCAUCCCAAGAGGCCCACAUGCCAGAGAAGGCUGAUCUCUGCAUGAAUACACACCCUCUUGAUCAGAGCGACGGCUCCCCAUUCCAGUCUAAGUCCAAGCCAGGGUCCAUGCCUGCCCUUGAGAAGGCUACAACCCUCCUCCAGGAGGCACCUGGGAAGCAUGAGGGUACCCCGGAAGAGGCAGCACUCCCCAAAGAGGAGGUGGCCCCCAAAGAGGUAGACCCUGCUCAAAAGAAUCCUCAUUCUAUCAAGUCGACUCCAGACCCCCAAGAGACUCCCACCCCACUUUCCCCGGUUCCGCAAAAUCUCACGGACAGCAAAAGUGACAGAGGCGAUAUCAUGAGGCUACAGGACGAGAUGGAAUCUUUAAGGAGGUCGCUGGAGCGGAUGGGGGUGCAGCUGGAGAGGAAGCUGACGGACAUCUGGGAGGAGCUGAAGAGAGAGAAGGAGAAGCGCCGGCUGCUGGAGGUGCAGAUGAAGCAGGGGACUCGGGAGUCCCGGACCCAGGGCUCCAUCCACGCGCAGACGCAGACGCACUGAGGGUGGGCCCGGCAGGGACCAUGGCGGGACCUGGGAGCAAGUCAGCCUCCGGCCACCCACGUCCUUGCACACGACUUUGAGAAACGCAAGAAAGUAAACCGCAGUGUACGCGCUCGCCGCGCCUGCCUUGUCCGUGCGGGGGCGGGGCCUGCGUGGCGGGGGCGGGGCCUGCCAGGCGCUCCCGGCCCUCCGCAUUCCGGACGGUCUCUCCCGGGCACAUCUGGCCAACAUGUGGCUCCCAUUACCGAUCCCAAGGCCUCCGCGCGGCUAUUUUUAUCCACCGGAUGGCGGGGGCGGGUGGGGGGUGUCUCCUUCGGACGUCUGCCGGGUGCUGGAGAAAUGGCCGGCAGGAGGGGCCCAGGCGGGGUCGUGCUCUGCCCGCGGGCCCGGAUUCCGGAAUCCAGCUGUGCGCCAGAGGAGGAGGGCGGGCCUGCUCUGGAGCCGGGACCCCUCCCAGUUGGCCCCAUAGUUCGCUCGGAAGAACUCGCUGGAACGCUUCUCUGCUCGGAGCCCCGCUCAGGCACACACGGUUAACACGGGCUAAUAGUGCCUCAGCAUCAAGGGCAGGGUCCCGGGGCCUCUGUGUGUGUGUGUGUGUUUGUGUAGUGAUGCAGGAUCCCAGGGGCAAAGUGCGCCCAGGCCUUCGCCUGGGAAGGAAUGCAUUUGUGAGGAAGGAAUGCGAGUGAUAACUUGUUCUGUGCGUGAGGCUGUGAGGUGGUGGAGGGAGUGGUUUUUUUUUCAGUCUGUGAACUGAAUGCAAGCAUGUAUGCUCAGGUGUUGAUG